AUGACGAGAUACAAGUAUACAACUGAUGUAAAACCGUGGCCGCACGCCAAACGAACAACAGCCACUUCAUUCCCCUUCUGCCUCGCGACCGCCCGCCCGCGACCCGCCCGCCGCCGCUCCCUGCUCGGCCGCCGCCCCGCCACAGCUCUCCGACGCCACCCCGCCGCGAUUCAACCCCUCUUGGGCCGCCGCGCCGCGCCGCCCCAUCGCGUCCGCCUCUGCUUCGGCCGCCCCUCCGCCCCGCCCCGACCCCGUCCGCCUCCUCUCCGGCCACCUCAGCCCGGCCCCGCUCCGUCCGCCUCCUCUCCGGCCGCCUCCGCCUCUGGUCCGUCCGCCGCCCUGCUCCGUCCGCCGCCCUGCUCCGUCCGCCUCCGCCCCGCGCCGCACGCCGCCGCCCGGCGCCACACGCCACCACCCGCUCGGCCACCGCCCAAACUCGCUCCCCGCUAG